AUGAACUUACAAUUAUAUCAGCAAUUAAAGACAUAUUUAGAAACUGCCGAAACGCCACUCGAUUUAAGUCUACCACAACAACAAAGAUUUAAAAGACAAGCUACCUGUUAUCUUAUCCAAAACGACCUACUAUACUACAAAAAUAAAAAAGAGAAUGGAUCUCCAUUAAGAGUAAUCAAAGAAAAUGAGUUAGAACAACAAAGACUUCAAGCUCAACAUAAUAUUCAAGAAGCCCAACAAAAACAAAAAGAACACUAUGAUCAAGACAUUAGAGCUGUGAAGUUUAAAAUUGGCGACCAAGUUUUAUUAUAUGAGUCAGCCAAAGAAAAAGUAUAUAGAGACAAAUUAAGAGAAAAUAGAAAGGCCCUUACUUUAUUCAUGAUCAAGGCAUUUUAA